AAUCACUUACAUCUCACUUCAGCGCUUGGAAUUCAGAGACUUCUUUACAGAAUUUCAUCAAGAACACCUCAAAAUCUAUCAAGAUUCAUCAGCCAAGCUUCAAGUCUCAUCAAAAAUCACAACCACUCAAGAUCAUCACCAAAGAGAUCUUACCAUCCAUCAAAAAUGGCCUCAUCAUCAAUCGACUACCUCUUCCAAGAGGACCUUUUCAAUUCCACAAUGAUGGAGCCCACCUUCCCCUUCGAGUCUCUCCCUGCAGAGCUCAGAAACAUGGUCUACGAGUACUACUUCGCGACACCAGAUAUGGUGACCUCACCCUCUGGCUUAAAAACUCCCAUUGCCUUCACCAUCAAUUCCCAAGGCAAUGUGGAGAUGCCAUCAAUAUCACAAAUCUCCUUCCAAUCAUACAAGGAGACCAAGCAGCUCGUCCGCCACGCGGUGCAGCGAGAACACAGCAGCAUCAUCGUCAAAGUCUCCUCCCAGAACAUUGGACCACAGAUGCUAAGGAUCUACAACAUAGCGAAGGAGUUCAACGUGGUUCCCUUCGACAUGCUUAAGCGCGUUAUCAUACGCCAUGAGGAGAAGGCAAACAUGGAGAUCCUCUGGCCUGCCAUUGAGCAGUAUAUUCAUAUGCUGAUUUGUCCGCCUGGUGGCCUCAACCCCUUCAUGUUCCAGGUCGCAGAUGGAGACGAUCUGCCGACUGUGGAUGGCUACGGCAAGAUCUCCCUCUACAAUGGGGUGUUUGAUCUCGGCAGGUUCGCCAAAUACUAUGCUUAUUGCAAGCACCCCCGAUGUGCGGGCAGCUGGGAUUGGGCGGCUGCCACUUUCCUCAACAAUCUGGGCGAGCUCGGCUAUGAGCAGGCAAAGGGCGUUGCUGCUGAGAAGAUCUUCAACACAAUCUUCGACUGCUACACGCUGGUGCUGGAGCUUGACGGCCUGGCAAAGCAAAGCCCACAGAAGGUGGCAGGUGCCUAUAGGCAGACCAUCUUCGACCUUGUGCAGGUUGUUGAAGCUUUCUCGCACGACCUUGUGGGUGUGGUUGGUCUUCGCCAUGCAUACUUUUAGAAAUAAAUUGAAUCUGCUGAAUAC